GGCACCCAUCUCCCAUCAUGAAUAAACGUUCCUAUUUAGUGUUAUAAAAGUCCUAAUUGAGUGAAAUCAUAUUGCUUGUAAACGGAAGGCCUCCAUAAUAAUAUAUUUAGGAUAUAUGAUUAAAUAACCUAUUACAACAUUAUCUCAAAGAGAAAGCUUCAUUUCUACUGUUUGCUGCUUCCACUUUUACUAGAGCUGCUACUAAAAUGUAUUUUAGUAUUGAUAGUAGUAUUACUUCGUUUUGCACAAUAAAGAUAAAGUAGGGCUAUCAAUAGACAUUCACAAACAAGUGGACACAAACAUAUUCCUCCUACCUCUACUGUUCCCUUUCCUGCCAAAUGGAAAAGUAAAAAUGCUAAUGACAUUGAUAACACUACAGUGAUGGGCCAAUAAAGAGCAGCACAGUUUCCACUAUUUGAGAGUCAAUGCUUUGUAGACAGCUGACUCUGUCGGAGUAACUGUGAGAUCUGUAAAGGACAACUGAUUGAGACAACUAUGAGGGGGUAUUCUAAACCCCAGUCAUCACAUGGGCUAGAGAAAUUGCCAUUUGCAUCAUCUUAUUUGAUUGAUUCCAUUCUGAGCAAAGGUGUGAGUAAAGACACUGGGAUCAGCAGAGAAGGUACGUGCCAUUUGUUUCGAAACCAAAAUUUUGAAGAUUGCCAAUUAACUUUUGUAAGUGGCGCAGGGGAAAUUGUGUUGGUGAGAUUUCCAAAUAGGUGAAGAGAAUUCUGUUCACAUGAGAGAUAACUGUGUACAUAUUUUAAACAGUGGAUUCCAUGGGUUCAACAUCUCUCAAAGAGACUGAGAAUCAAUCCAACAAGUCCAAGCAGAUAUCAAUAACAGAUCAUAUUGCUCCUGAGGAGAACAAACACACUUUACAGCUACAAGAUACCAGGAAAGAGAUGACAGUAAAUACUAACAGAGGGACAGAGCUUGGCUCCAACAGAAACCAAACAGAGCAGCUGAAAGCACCAAGUUCAGGUGGACACUCAAGGAAGCAACGACGUUAUCGCACCACUUUUACUAACUUCCAGCUGGAACAACUGGAGAGGGCUUUCUGCAAAUCUCAUUAUCCAGACAUUUUUGCCAGAGAAGAACUGGCGACGCAUCUAACUUUAACAGAGGCAAGAGUCCAGGUUUGGUUUCAGAACCGCAGAGCCAAGUGGCGUAAGAACGGGAAGGCUGGAGUGUUGAGCUCCCUCCCUGGGUUACCUUUAACCAACUCCCUGGGUGUUUACCUGGAUGUCCCCUUGCACCAGGCCUCUUUGGUGGAGCCAUCCUGGGGGGGAGCCCGAUACACAGCCCCAGUGUGUGCGCCUGACUCUGUGGGAACCCUGGGUAUUAGCACUCUGGCCUGGGCCUCUCUGUGUGGACAUCCUUUUAUCCAUCCUAACUUCAGCAGGUUUUUAACCCUGUUAAAUCCAUUGGGUAACACUCCAACCCUGAUGACCAAACCUACCAGAAUAUCCCAGGUCAGCCCAGCCGCCGUGCUGGACAAUGACAGGAGGCUACUUAGCACUGGCCAUAACAAGGAGCACUCUGUCCACAUGCAGUAG